ACCACGUGAUCAGGCUCGGCCGUUCGUUGUUUUGUUGGUGGAGGAGCACUGAUUCUUUCCUCAGCUGUUAAAUCUUUCCGAGUCGCUGUGCGAGCUCGUGGCGGCGGUCGGGAUCUUGGGCUCAAGAGGGUAGAAACAUUGAUCCGUCAUUAUGCUGCUGCCUAGCCUGCUGAGUAUUCCCAGAAUUUUCUGAUUUUAUCUAGGACCGAAUUGGAUUGCUCGUGGUGUGAUGGGCCAACUGGCGUCAUUUUGUGCUGCAUGACUCUGUGAGCAAGAAAUAUGACCACCACACAAUACAAGACCAUUAUUCAGGGAGAGGCAUCUGAGACAGACUCUGAGGAGGAGCUGUACCUCAUGUCCUCAUCAUCAGCAGGCAUCUUACAGACUGGAACCAAAGUUCCUGGUGAAGCAUCGGAAACUGACGAUGAGGACGAAGACUGUGUGAAAACGGUGCAAGAUAUCCAGCAGGCCUUUCAGCGUGAUCUGCCACCACUGAUAGUGAUUCGGGAUGAGCAGUCAGACGUCCUGACCGCAGUGGAGGAGAAACCGGCUGUAAAGAUUCGCCACCAGGGGCGGUUCAGUACCUUGCUGCAGCAGAAGCUGAGGGAGAGCAACGGGCGCCUUCACCAGAACGUGGAGCAUGCAGUGAAGCACAUGUAUGAGAGUGCCACCAGGGAGAUCCGAACAGCCACUAGUCACCUGAGCAACUCCCAGAACGGGAUCAUUAAUGCAUCACACAGCAUUCGCUUAAUCUUGGACGAUUUGAAAUCAGUGACGGAGAAAAUGGACAUAAUCACGAGCUGCAAUUUACUCCCUGACAUCCAGAUUGCCCCUGCGGCAGCAAGGCUAGCGCAGGUUUGAGCUUGUUUAUAGAAAUAGGUGAAGUCUUAUUGCAGAUUGGAUUCCCAGGCCUUCUAUAGAGUGGAAUGUUUCAGGAAAAUUGUGAGCUCUGACUACUUGAAUUACUGUAUUUUGGCUGAUUGUAAAAACGGUUUAGAUCUAUGCUGCAAGCACUUUGGGAGGGUUUACUUUAAGCUGAGCUCAGGAAUUAUGUUAGAAUUUAAGUUGUAUCAUCUUGUUUUCUGCCUCUGACAGGUCACUAUAUCAUGUAUUUUGCUCACUAGUGGUAGAGUUCUAGCACUUAGUGAAUAUGGUGUUAAGUUAUACUGCUGUUGUCAUUUGCUACGAUGUUACGAAUGAACCAGAGGAAGAAAAUUCUCCAAUGUCUGAUAAAUCUCAUAUAUCAUGCUCUAGACUUAUUGCCUCAAACGGUUCCCACGAGCACAUCCUAGUGAUUGAGUGUUUUACAGUUCAAAGCACUUUGUGAAUAGGCCAACAUGUUUGGGUGUUGUUCAAGAUGAAAAAGUUAACACCUUCACUAUUGUGUUUUACUAAAAUGCUCAAGGCAGCUCUGAGUAGGUGUAACUGCAGACCUAAAGAUUAAAUAUUGCUGAGUCCUAAUCUAACUUGUCGCAGUGAGAUAGAUCCAGAAUUAAUAUUAUGUCAUGAUGCGUAUGCACUGUGAUGUCAUGAAAUGGACUAAAAUUGCCUUUAUGUAUGUUUAUAAUAUUCUCAGAAUAUCAGUAAAACAUUUUUGCACUUUU